UGCGGCGGCGAUGGGAGUGGCGUUCAUGCACCACCAGGACACCACGGGAUCGAGUCUGUGUGCCAGCAACAGUAGCUCGCUGGACAUCAAACCGGGGGUGAACAUGCUGAACUCCUCAGCCUCUGCGGCGGGGACCUGCCCUGGCGGAGCCAAUGCUUCUGGCGGCGUAAAACAGAGAGAAGGUACAUCGUCCACGGCUUCGAAUAAUAGUUCCGCUUUUUCUACAUCAUCAUCCGCGGCGUCUCCCGGGGAAGCUUCUCCAAGAGACUCUUCUGGGCCCCAGCAGCUCCACAGUUCCUCCUCCGCCCUCCAUCCACAGUCAUCGCAUGGUAUGAGUAGUCAGUCGCAUCACUACCCUCCACCGCCGCCCCUGCAGCCGUCCCCUUACCACCACGACGCCGGUGGUGGCUCGACCCCGUCGUAUGUGAGUUAUCCGUCCCAUCACCUGAACCAUCACCACCACCUGAACCACCACGGUAUGUCCCACCAUCACCACCACCCUGCCGCCAUGUUUAGCACCAAGUCUCUGUCGGGGCACCACCAGAUGGUGUCCGGGUCUCCGGGUGUCGCCGGAGCAGUUUCCGGGGCCGCGAACUCGAAAACGUCCAGAACGAAAUCCAGGUCGAGUGCCGAGGGAAGAGAGUGCGUCAACUGCGGGGCGACAUCGACGCCAUUAUGGCGCCGUGACGGAACGGGACACUACCUGUGCAACGCGUGUGGCCUAUACUACAAGAUGAACGGACAGAACAGGCCUCUCAUCAAGCCAAAGCGACGGCUGUCGGCGGCGCGGCGGGCGGGCACCAGUUGUGCCAACUGCAAGACAACAACCACGACGUUAUGGCGUCGGAACCAGAAUGGAGAGCCGGUCUGCAACGCCUGCGGAUUAUACUACAAGCUGCACAAUUUGUCUUGGCGAUCGUCAAUUCAGCGUAAUGACGUGUGCAAUUGUAGCGAGCAAACGGAGCGUGUAGAUACGAGUGAGAAUCGAGAGGGGCUCUACCGGAACCCGGAAACGGAAAUGCUUAGCACGCGUAGCAGGCUGCUAGUUCCGCCCAGACACUUGACUUUUGUUUGCUAGACGUGACACAAGAGACGGAUGGCAGAUCUUUAAGACUUUUGUGCGGCAUGAAGGCCUAAAGGAAACGCUAGAAAUGACACUAAUGGAUGUGAAGUUGAAGAAUUGCUUUCUUGGUAAUAAAAUUGCUAGUAGACAUUUGUAAAUUACCACAUAUGUUGAGCUUUGUAGUGGCUGAAACAAGGGCACAAAUUCAACGGAAUAUCAGACGCACAUUUUGUUCAGUUUGGUACUUAAAAGUGUUUCUUCGCAAAUACAGAAACAAAAAAUUGUGCGUGAGAUGAAGUUAUCACGGCGGACAAGAUGGCUGCUUCAUGGGUUGUUGCGUCGUGUCGUCCAGUGUUCUAUCAACGUUUCAGAUAUGCUUGUUGCCUCCAUCAUCAGGACGAUGAUGAUAGAGGCAGAAAGCCCCUAUGAAACGUCUGUAUACAUCUAUCAGACCACACGGAGUAUUUUCAACGUGUACAAUUACGUUUUCUUCACCUGAAAGCUCAACACUUUUACAUCUGCAGGCUUUUUUGGCGACGAAGGACAUGAACCCCUAGCAACAAGGUAAAGUUUCGCUUGUCCAUGAGGGGAGGGGGUGAGCUUAGAUAGAAGUUUCACGCACUCAGGAUCUCUGCGCAGAGUUGAGAUGUUGAAUGUUUAGCGUCACACUCCGCCAUCUUUACACUCGGGGGAAAACCUUUCCAAUAGGCCUGCUUAUUACAUAGGAGAAUGGACGAGUUCCUGAACACUGUUGAAGGGGGGCAACACCCAGGCCUGUUACUGCGAUCAAAAGUCCAGUGGUUGAGGUCGUAGUCACUCAGUUUACUGAGUGCCUCUGCAGAAACUUCAGAUUCAUAAAAUAAACAAGAUUCCUCAUGUCUUCCACAGAGAUUUAUAUUUUUCUUUCAUUCCGAAUGGCUUUUCAUGUUCUUAAGCGAUAUGUAUUGUGUGAUUUAUUUUAAUUUCGUGACGUAUAUUUGUACCAAUUUAUGUUUCCAAAUUACCUUAAUUCAAAAAAUAAAUACGUAUGUUGGUGUUAA